CCCCCCAGGCAGUAACCAAGAAAAAAUUUGGGAACGGCGACUUCCGAUCAGCCCUGGAGAAUGGAGUUCUGCUGUGUGAUCUGAUAAACAAGAUCAAGCCUGGCAUCAUCAAAAAGGUCAACAGGCUUCCAACACCUAUUGCUGGACUGGACAACCUUAACGUCUUCCUCAAGGCCUGUGAGAAGCUCGGACUAAAGGAGGCGCAGCUCUUUCACCCCGGAGAUCUUCAGGACUUUUCCACCAGAGUGACAGUAAAGCAUCAAGAGACAAACAGGAGGCUGAAAAAUGUUUUAAUCACUAUUUACUGGCUGGGUAGAAGAGCUCAGAGUGAUCGUUUCUAUGAUGGACCUUACUUAAAUUUCCGGGCAUUUGAGGGAUUGCUGGGCACAGCACUAUACAAGGCUCUUCAGGAAUCAAAUAGCCAGAAGGGCUCCGACGUUAGAGACAGCGGUUUUGGAGACAGUUGGCAGUCGGAGCGAGAGAACUAUCUUAGAGGAGGUGAAGAAGGAGGAGGUAGACACAGGAGGGACAACUCGCUGGACAGUUUGGACUCGCUGGACUCAAGACCCCACAGCAUCUUAUCUGACACCACUCUUAAAGGCAGCAGCGAGGGUUGUUGCAGCGACACCGAGGCAGACUUCGACUUCAGGAUGGCUGACAACAAUAACAGCAUCAGCUACCGCAGGUCGCUAGUCAUCACACCUAAAGCCAGCGCCCAGUUUAACCAGUUUCUACCCACUAAAGACAAGCAGUCGGGCUACGUGCCAGCUCCGCUGAGGAAGAAACGGGCUGAGCGCAAUGAGGACAGCCGGCGCAGCUGGGCCAGCUUCAGCUAUGCGGAAGAUGAAGACAUGCCCACCAGAGAGCAGCAAACGGAAGAGAGUUCUGACGGGAGCAAAUCAACAAGCGACAUCCAGAUGGACCUCUCAGCCAUCCGGCAGAAUCGCUUCGAAGAGUUUCAGAAGUACCGCGAGCAGAUUAAAGACAGUGAGGAUAAGUGGCAAGAUGACCUCAACAAAUGGAAAAACAGGCGCCGGAGCGUGAACUCUGAUAUAAUGAAAAAGAAGGAGGAGCGGGAGAAGAUGGAGCACAUCACGUAUGGCAGCGACAGAAGGUCCAAGUCCUUCAAGGAUAUGCAAGAGGAGAGAGAAAAUAAAGGAAAGAACAGCAUCGGCAGCCGUUUGUCAUCUCUCUCUUACUUGGUUGACGACGAGGACGUAUUUGAGAAGCCUGCGGUUCACGCGCCUACCCGAACACUUCCAGUCAGAAGCUACACCAUCGACACUCCUUCAUAUUCCUCAGAGCCCUCCAAGCCCUCUCGGAAAGCUGAGGAGCCCCUAGCUGCUUCCCCACCCACUCGCAGAUCACCUUUACCUCCCACUUCACAGGAAACUGUGGACAGUCCUGUAGUCAGAAACUCCGUCACCACCAUCACUCCUGCCAACCACAGCUCCCACUCUCAAGCUCCUGCACCACUACAGAAGAGUCCAGCAGAGGAAAGCACAGCUGUAACAAGCACAGGGCAGGCUACAAGAGACGUUGACCCCCCCUCCUCCACCUCCACCUCCACACAGAAGGAGCCGAAGCCGAGGCUCUCGUUGUUGGGAGCGCAGACUGAGGUGGAGGCCCCCUCUUUUGGUUCAAUGAACAGACAACAACCACAGUUCAGCUCAAUGGAACCCAAACCUCCUGGGGUGUCUCGGAUUUCCGGCUCUCUCCCCAGAAGCUACCAGAGAUCGGACAGCGCGCGGCUAACCUCGAUUGUUGCUCCAAGACCCUUUGGGACCCAGGCCUCCCACAUCUCCUCUCUUUCCAGAGCCUACACAACGGACGACUCGCACAAGGGUGUCAACGGCAAUAUUGAUGUUUCUAAGAAGGCAUCGGUCCCAAGCCGGUAUCAUCAAUACAUGACCUCAGAGGAUGAAGCACGGUCCAGUUCUUCACACAGCAGUGAUGAGGAAGAAGAGGAGGAGAAUACCACAGCGAAGGGCCUCUCCUCAACUCAGAGCAUCAAAUCUGUCCCGCCUCCUGUCAAGAGUGAAGCCCCAGUCAGUCCUGCUCCUGGCAAAGAACUCACCAAGGAGAACUUCUGUGAGAUGCGAAUCAGCCUGAACCAGAAGCCCAGCAGCAGCCGAGACUUUGGUUUUCAGGCUGCCUGGGACUCAAUAGGAGCUCGGGUCACAUCCAUCCAACCAGGAAGCCCGGCUGAAAUGUGUCAGCUGCAGGUCCGGGAUGAGGUGCUCACAGUUAACGGGCUCCCGGUGGAACAAAUGAGUUACGAGCAGUGGAAGUCCAGCUUGGAGGAGGCCCUGCAGAAGGGCAGUCUGGUCGUGGAUGUGCGCCGUCACGGCCUGAACAACUGGGAAAGAGAUCAACCUUCCCUGCCAUUUAAAAGUCAUAAGACCAUCAAUCUCACCAGUAUGGAUCAUCCAAUACUUCUAGGUUCCCCUGAGACCUUCAACUCCAACGUGGAUUUCACUUCACGUACAGUCACAGAAAAAGUGCACCCCACUCUUCCUCUUGUGGACGUGGCUUCAAACAGAGUUAAUGGGGACCUCCAAGAGGAACCAGUGACCAUGAGGAACAAAGAGUCAGAACCAAUAUCUUUGAAAAACUUAAAACGGAGGUCAGAGUUUUUUGAACAAGGUGGCUCAGGGUCUAGUGUCAGUGCGCUCGUCUUCCUCUGUGGAGGAUCAGAGUCUGCCAUGCCAGAUAUCCCUGUUCCUGCAAUCACUCCAGCUUCGUCAAGCCGCUGGUCGUGGGACCCAGAAGAAGAGCGCAAGAGACAGGAGAAAUGGCAGAAGGAGCAGGAGCGCCUCCUACAGGAAAAGUACAAGCGUGAUCAGGAGAAGCUGCAGGAGGAGUGGCUCAAGGCUCAGCAGGAGAUUGUCACAAGCGUGGGCAACCAACAGCAGCCUGGAAGUCUCCAGGUGAGCAGCCACAGUGUCAGCCCACACUCGCCCCCAUCUUCUCUCCAGCAGCCUACACCUGCUCUGUGGGAAGAGGAAGAGAGGCAAAAGAAGGUGGAGCAGGAGUGCCAGCGGCAGGCAGAGGAGAGGAGAAAGAGGGAGGAGGAGGAGCGAGAGCUCCUACGACUCCAGGAGGAGAGGAAGAGGAGAGAAAUGCAGGAGGAGGAGGAGAGGAAGAGGAGAGAAAUGCAGCAGGAGGAGGAGAGGAAAAGAAGGGAAGAGGAAUUGAGAAUGCAAAGGAUGAGAGAGGAGGAGCUAAGGAUAAGAGAGGAGGAGCAUAGGAGGCAAGAGGAGGAGAGGAGGCAGCAGGAGGCGGCAGAGCAGCAGCGCAGGCAGAAAGUGUUUGGGCAGCAGAAAUGGGCUGCUGUCUCCCAAGACUUUGACAGCACUCAGUCUCCACUGUCCUUUACUGACAGGGUGAAAUCUCAGUCGUCCCCCCAGCUCGAUGAGGAUGACAAGCUUCAGAGGGGAGGUGUGCUUUUGCAGCCAGAGGGCAUGGUUCUCAGGCAGCUGGAAGAGGAGAUGAGGAUUGAGCAUGAAAAUCGAAUCCAAAGCCAGAGGGCUGCGUCAGAACUGGAAAGGAGAAACUACCUCAGAGCGAUGAGAUACGCAGAGGCAGAGAGAGAUGCAGUGACAGGAAGCGGAGCUUCUGAGAAGAAGAGUCAGCAGUCCCUGUCGCAUGCCGAGCUGGAGCGGCAGCAGAUUCUGAACGAGAUGAAGAAGAAGACUCCGCUCUUAACGGACAGCAGCUGGAUCCGUCAGCGCACUGCCAGCACAGUCAUCAACAGGGAGAACGACAUGCCGUCUAUGCGCAGAGGGGAAUCUCUUGACAACUUGGACUCCUCCUACAACUCUCAGCGGUCAUCUUGGACUCCCAGAAGCGGCUCUUUUGCCCCAAGCUACUAUCGACCUUAUUCUGGCUAUUCUGGCAGCUCUUCUUUUUACACCGGCGGGUCGGGGGCCCGCCGGCCCAUCUCCUCCACUCUACCCUCCUCCUAUUCUAUGGGCUCCCUCCAAGGUGGGGCUGGAACCCACACGGCCCCUUGGUCCCGUCCAUCCCCUUCACCUUCUACUCCGUCGCCAACCACCUCUCCAGACCCCACAUCUGAGGCCUAUCACCAGCGGAACAGGUCAGUGAGUGGCAGGAAAAUCUGCACGUUCUGCGACGCCCCGCUGGGGAAGGGAGCGGCCAUGAUCAUCGAGUCCCUCGGGCUCUGUUAUCAUUUGGGCUGUUUUAAGUGCAUCAACUGUAAGUCCGACCUCGGAGGAUCCGAGGCCGGGGCUGAAGUCCGAAUACGAAACAAACAGCUGUACUGUAACCCCUGCUACAUGCGAUUUAAAACUGGCCAGCCAACAUCUAUGUGAUGCAGGUGUGUUGCAGCAGAUCGACGAGGAGACUACAUAUGACAACAACCCGUGAACUUUAAAGUGAACAUUGAAAGCCACUGCAAUAAUAAGCAGAACCUAUGGUGUCCCUAAUUGUACUGAUGAGAAAUGUUUUUGUCAUUGUGUGGCAUGAAUGAGAAGGUUUCAAAGAAGUUAUCUACUUUUAUCAUUAUAUUGUAUUACACACUAUAUCUGCACAAAUGUUCGUGGAUUCUACAUUCCCUAUAUGUUUUUUCAAUGUUUUAGCUAUAAAUGUGUCUCUGCGAGAUUCCAGAGGAAGAACUUGCUUUCCAACUCCAUUUAGACAGAUUUUGUAGAUGUUGUGAGAGAAACUUGCAGGAUCAUGCUUCUUUUUCAUGUUAGUCUUGUGGUAUUAAUUUGUCUGUUAGGAAAAAAGGUAAGCCUUUGAUGUGUAUGUGGCUUUGUAUAUGUAAGAAAGACGUAAAUAAAAUGAUUAGGAUUCCCUUAUGCAUCAUAUUUGAAAAUAACGUCUGCUUUGACAACACUUUUUAUGUUAAGGUUUCACAUCAUUCUGAAUUGAAUUAAAUCAAAGUAACUGUAAAUAAAAGACUAAAUGCUCA